ACUGCCCAGGGAUCGGGGAUCCAGCAUCCAAAAUACCCAGGGAUUGGGGAUCCAGCAUCCAAAUCGUCCAGAGAUUGGGGAUCCAGCACCCAGACUGCCCAGGGAUCGGGGAUCCAGCAUCCAAAAUACCCAGGGAUUGGGGAUCCAGCAUCCAAAUCGUCCAGAGAUUGGGGAUCCAGCCCCCAAACUGAUCAGGAAUCGGGGAUCCAGCCCCCAAACCACCCAGGGAUUGGGGAUCCAGCACCUAGACCGCCCAGGGAUCUAGGAUCCAGCACCCAGACUGCCCAGGGAUCGGGGAUCCAGCACCCAAAUCGUCCAGAGAUUGGGGAUCCAGCCCCCAAAUCGUCCAGAGAUUGGGGAUCCAGCACCCAGACCGUCCAGGGAUCAGGGAUCCAGCACCCAAAACACCCAGGGAUCAGGGAUCCAGCACCUAGACCACCCAGGGAUCUGGUAUCCAGCACCCAAACCACUCAAGGAUCUGGGAUCCAGCCCCCAAAUCGCCCAGAGAUUGGGGAUCCAGCCCCCAAACUGAUCAGGGAUCUGGGAUCCAGCCCCCAAACCACCCAGGGAUCGGGGGAUCCGGGGCCGAACCUGCCCUAG